AUGCAUCAGUAUGGUCUCAAGACGAUAAUGAGCAAGCUGAUAAAGAAGAGGAAGCCAGUUGGGAAGGGCAAACAACAACAAAAGAAUGAUAUACUAAAGGAAGCAAUAGGCGACUUGAUAAAGUUGUCAUCGAUGCUUAUAAUGUUGUCAUUGCGCGAGCAACAGACUGCAGAUUAUGACAAGUGUGAGGCUACUGUAUUGUGGAUUGGACUGUCGACUCAGCAACAAUCACUGGAGUGUGGAGGUCGUCUCAAGAUGAUCAUCAAGCUCAACACUGCUGAGGCAUUCCAAUUCAUAGUGUCCAACAGUCACUUGAUGAACAUACCUCCAUCACACUUUAGAAUAGUCAUUGACAAAGAGGUUGACUAUGAGGCAUGCUAUAACUUCUUUGAGUGGAUCAAAGAGAAGAACUGGUCGUGUCCAGUGUGUAUAAUAUGCAAGGAUGCAUUCGACUAUGUAGACUUGUUGAGUAGGGUCAACUUCCCAUUGUUGUUGGCCACUGUACCACCUGUCUAUCAAUACUUUGUCUCAUCGAUGGUCUAUAGGCCAAAGGUCCGAGCAAUGUCAUUCAGCACGACAUUCUCCAAUACCAAUACAACAUCACCAACACAGCAACAUCAGCAGACGACAGAUGAUGCAGCAGACAACAAUGAGGAUGAUGACGACACUGAUGAGGAUUCAACGCAACACAAACAGGUUUAUCGCGAUCAUGAUAUCAAUGGCACCUUUAUCACAUCGACCACUUCAAACUCCAAACCUGCUUCUUCAGUAGGUCGUUCAAGUGCAGACAGGGUAAGCAACAGUAGCGGAAGCAGGAGCAACAGCGAUAACAAUGACAAUGACAUUGGUGCGCCAUCAAUCAAUCGAUCAAGCAAUCGAUCAAUACUUCGCAACAUGGGUACGACUCCUUCCCCUCAUCGUCAGAACGUGUCACCGACAAACAAGACGAAUCAAGACGUGGACACACCCAGUCGCGUGCGACCCUCAUCAACGUCACCAUCACCAACACAAAAGUUGGGCAGGAGCUCUGCGGGAGAUGGACUCAACAAUGACCCUGCACUCAAUCGAAUCUCACCUCAAAUGACAUUCCUCUCGCUUACUGCCCCGCUAUCCAUCACAACUGGACGCGUCAUGUCGGCUCAUGUACAUCUUCGCGACGCACUGGACAACCCAGUUCAAACAACAACCACCUCUAGUCACAGUGGCUACGGACCAGUCUCAUCGCAUCCCAUUCAGAUCUACCUGGAAGGCCCGCAACCCGUUCCCGGUCCACAUCCUGCAUAUAUCUAUGUUGUGGGGCCGGGUAUACUUGGCGUGUCAUUCUUCCCAACGCACAAUGGUGCCUAUUAUCUCCAUGCAGAGAUUGAGUCAACAGCCAUCAAGAACAGUCCUUGUGUAUUCAACUCAUCGUCGACGUCAGGUGGCCAGGCGGCGACUGUCACCAACAAUGAUUCAAAGCAGAAGAAGCGCAAGCAACGAGCACCAUCAUCAAAGCAGAAUACAGACUCACAAGAUGAUCUGUUGGACCUAUUCAACCACGAGAAGAAGCAGAGGAGCUCAACAACAUCUCCAUCAACAUCCUCUGAGAAUGUACAACAUCAUCAAGCAAAGCAAUAUGACAAUGACAUUGACAAUGGUAAUGGCAAUGAUAAUGAUGGUGGCAAUGACAAUGACAAUGACAAACAAAUGGAGAUACCUGAUAAAGAUGUUGAGGAGCAUCAGCAUCAUGAGCAGCAACAUCAUGGUCAUCAUAGUCAUCAUCAUCACCAUCAUACAGAGGAGGAACAAACAUUCGAAGGCGACAACAACAGCAACAACGAUAACAACAACAAUGACAACAUGGAGACAUCAACAGUCAGCCCUACACCCGCCACACUUAUUGUGGAAUCAAAUUCAUAUGAACAAACACCAGCUACAUUGCCAGCUGAUGAAUAUACAUCAGCUGUUGCCAAUUCAAAUAGUGAUGGCCAAGAGCACAAUGAUGGACAUCACUACCAUCAUCAUCAUCAUCACCAUCAUGAUGAACUGAUACAUGAUGAUCAACAUCAGCAACAUCAACAACACCAUCAUCACCAUCACCAUCAUCAUAUCGAACAAGGUGAUGAGCAUCAUCAUGUUCACCAACAAGACGACCAACAUCAACAACAACAACAUCACAGCCACGAACACAUGGAGCAACAUAAUGAUGAGCAUCAUACACAUAUCGAGGCAACACCAGAUGAACUGAUGCCAACACUGCCAAUUGAUGAUAGUGAGGUUCAUUAUGAAGUUGAUCCAACACUGCCGAGCGAAUAUAGUGAACAUCAUCAGCAUCUAGACGAACAACAACAACAUGAACACGAAAAUGUCGAUCAAGAGCAACACCAUCAUCAUGAAUCUGAGGAGGCCACACAAAUAAUUCCUAGUGACGACCAACAAGUCCAAGACUCGUUGGAAGAACAAAGUGCAACUCCACCCACACUCCUUGUUGAUGGAAGCAUGUAA